UGUGAACUACCACGAAGUCCCUGGGCCCUAGUCUUCGAUUUCUCCGUCCCUGUCUGUCGAGGCUGUGUCAACUACGAGGGUGCUGAUCGAAUAGAACAAGUCAUCCAAUGGGUUGGAGCACAAAAACAUACCAUUUUACAGAGCAAAGAGAGGUCAAAGGGUAUGAAGAUUCAACCGUUUUUGUCUAACCAUCAUUCAACUAUUAUUGCUCACUAUAUGGAAGCCCUGAGAUUUCUACAACAACAUCAGAUUACUAAUAAUUAUCAGCAAAGACAACAGCAGCAACGCAAUCAUCGUCGAGAGUUCAACUUUCCUGCUCCAGUUCGAUCAAUAGGUCAGUCGUCACUAAGAUCAGCAUUAUGUGUGGGUCUUUCCCACGACACUUCCUGUUCCGUUCGAGAUCGGCUCUUCUUCGAAUAUCCUGCGGCUUCAGGAGAGGUGGUAAGAGGUGUGUCCAAGUUGCUGGAGAGGAUGGAUACAACAGAAGCGGAAAUGGAGAUUGAGGCUCAACAAGGAUGUUGGUGCAAGCUGGAAGAAGCAGUAUCAUACCUCCAAGAUGAGUGGAUUCAAGCUCAGUGCUUGACUUGCGGUGCCGCAUUGGAGGGGAGCCAUUUCGUUCAAUGUCCAGUGCGGUCACAGCACCGGUUUUGCUUCGGCUGCGCCAAGGCCGCUAUGCUGGAUGCAGAGAAGGGGAACAGUAAAAAGGAAGAGGGAGAGGAGAAAACGAGAGAAAAACGCAGACUCUUCCAUUGUCCAAGUGGAGAGAUGUGCGCAUUACCGGAGACCCCCAGUGUGCCAUGGAGCUUUGUAGAAUCGGAGAUCGCGGUUAUUCUAGGCAGUGCUGGAGCAAACGCUAGUUGCAAUGGUGUUGCCAAGAAGCGUCAUGCAACAGUGGCGCCCACUUCGAGGCAGCAUCAGCAACAGCCACGAAGACAGGCGUCGGAAGCGAAGCUACGAAGGACUGAGUCGCCCGACACACCAGCGACCGCGUAA